CUGACAACGGCAUAACAGCGAGAUACCAUUGGAAGGAAGCCCAAGGUUAUAUCGCUCAAGUCUCAACUUUCAACUUUCAACUCUCAACUCUCGACUACUUCUCUGCUUCUGCUUUUCGGUAAAGAAAGAAGAAAGGAAGAAAGAAAACUACUUCUCUGAGUCUGUGCUGCACAUUGGAGAGCUAGAAUAGCAUGAGUUACCAGAGGGUUCCCCAAGAGCCUUACCCUCCACCAGGGUACGCACCUUCGCCACCAAACUACCCUUCACCGCCACCACCACCACCACCUCCACCCUAUGAAGGGUACCCACCACCACCUCCACCAGGGUAUCCACCACCACCUCCACCAGGAUACCCUCCACCCCCUCGUCCUGGAUAUCAGGACUACUUCAAUGGAGGGUACCCUCCACCACCGCCACCCCAACAAUACCAAUCUCAGGAUGAUCAUUCUGGGUGUGCCUCAUUUCUACAAGGCUGUUUUGCUGCACUUUGCUGCUGCUGUGUAUUGGAGGAGUGCUGCUUGAACUUUUAGGUUAUUUUGAGGUAGCUGUUCUAAUCAUGUGGGGUCCUGCUUUUCCGGUGUUGGUAUCUCUAUUUGGUUUUUAAACUAUCCAUGUGAAUGCGAUGGCCUCUAUCUAUUUGUUCGAUUGUGAAACCCUGUGAUUAAAUGAACAUCAUAAGCAGAGGCUAUUAGUAUGUAGUUAACUGUGGUGGUCCAUGUUUUAUCUCCCGCACUUUGGGACUCUUCACUCUUGCAUUGUUUGAUAAAAAUUAUAAAUUAUAAAGAAAAGCAAUUAGCAAAAUUAUUA